CCACGGCCUCGGCCUUCCAAACUUUCUGGCAUAAGUGUUAGUUUAGGAUUUUGUUUAGCUCGGUGUUCUCGGAAACGGGUGGUUUUUUACCGGAGGUACGUCUAUGCUCAGGCCACUCGCGGUGCUUUCCAAUUGUUUAGCCUUGUUCCAUUUCAUUUAUGCAUUUAUUUGCAUUCAAAGUGUACACGGGAGAGCAGCAUACUGUCUCGCUUUCGUCGUUGCACUCUCCACCCAUAUCAGAGGAUUUUCUAGCAUGUACGCUAGCGAUGCGAAAUGAGCGUUUAAGGGCCAGUACUUAGUGUAGGACAAGGAAAUAUAUAUGACUGUUAAUUCA